AUGACUUCCAUCAGCUGCAGUUCUCUCCUCAGUGGGCCGCUCUCACAGGCCGGGGCCGCCCCGCUGGGCCUCUCGGCCACCCUGGCACACGCCAAUCGAGUCCGAGUGGGCACAACCCGUCUCGGUCGACCCAGCCUCUGUCUGCCCCACAGCUGCGACGCUGCCUGCCCCCUGCCGGGCACCUGCGACAUUCCAGGCAACAUCGGAAUCUGCGGGACCUUCAAUGAAGGCUUCUUCAACAGCCACGAGAAGGAGACCAUGCAGUUCUUGAACGACCGGCUGGCCAGCUACCUGGAGAAGGUGCGCGGGCUGGAGCGGGACAACGCGGAGCUGGAGAGCCAGAUCCGAGAGCUGAGCAAAUGCCCUGAGUCCACCGUGUGUCCGGACUACCAGAGUCACUUCCGCAUCAUCGAGGAGCUGCAGCAGAAGAUCCUGUGCGUCAAAUCUGAGAACAACAAGCUGGUCGUGCAAAUAGACAAUGCCAAACUGGCUGCAGAUGACUUCAGGACCAAGUUCCAGACAGAGCACUCCCUCCGCCAGCUGGUGGAGGCUGAUGUCUGCGGGAUGCGCAGGGUGCUGGAUGACCUCACACUCGCCAAGGCUGAUCUGGAGGCUCAGCUGGAGUCCUGGAAGGAGGAGCUGCUCUGCCUCAAGAAGAACCAUGAGCAGGAAGUCCACACUCUGAAGUGUCAGCUGGGAGAUAAGCUCAAGAUUGAGCUGGACGUGGAACCCACUGUGAACCUGGGCAGGGUGCUGGAGGAGAUGCGGGGCCAGUACGAGGCCAUGGUGGAGACCAACCUCCGUGACGUGGAGCAGUGGUUCCAAACUCAGUCUGAAGGCAUCAGCCUGCAGGCCAUGUCCUGCUCAGAGGAGCUGCAAUGCUGCCAGUCGGAGAUCCUGGAGCUUCGACGCACGGUGAACACCCUGGAGGUGGAGCUGCAGGCUCAGCACACGCUGAAGGACUGUCUGCAGAACUCACUGUGUGAAUCUGAGGCCCGCUUCGGCACCGAGCUGGCCCAGAUGCAGAGCCUCAUCAGCAACGUAGAGGAGCAGCUGUCUGAGAUCCGGGCUGACCUGGAGCGGCAGAACCAGGAGUACCAGGUGCUACUGGAUGUCAAGGCCCGGCUGGAGGGUGAGAUUGCCACAUACCGGAACCUUCUGGAAAACGAGGACUGCAAGCUCCCCUGCAACCCAUGUGCGACCCCAGUCUCCAGCACCUGUGUGGGCCCUUCAGCCUGUACCUCCUGUUCUCCCCGCCUUUCUGGGCCUUCUGGGCCCUGCUCAUCACCUCGAUGCUGAAUUACUCGUCACCUGGAGGAGCCAGAAAAUGGCAAUCACCUGUAGUUCCUUGGCUCCGUCCUCCAGGCCUUCCACCCCAGGCCUUUCUGCCCCAGUCAGCCUAGGAGGAGACUGAAGGCGGGCACAGCUUCUCUAUUGAUGGGCUUUCUGGUCCAGCUGCUCAGCCCUGGCCCUUGGAUUUGUCCUUCCUCCUUUCAGAGUGUCCUGACUGCUCUAUUUUCUCUCUUCUGCUGCCUCCUGGUCUUUCAGACCUUGCUUUUAAUUUGCUAAUAAACUUCAUUUCUGCAGCAUAAGAA